AAACACAUUUCCUGAAAAGGAGGUGAGGUGUGACUGCAAACAUAAGAGCAGUGCUGUUUAUUUAUUUAUUUAUUUUUGGCAUCAGGACCAACAGAAGAAACUGUCCUCUUCUAGAAACCCGAAUGGCUCCCUUGUGCAAGAAAGAAAAUUAUUUGCAAUAACAAGAACAAACGUGUGGGUGGAAUAUGACCAGACUGGCAAGAUCUUUGAUGCAUAUGUGCCCUUUCUGAGAAAUUUCUUGCCACUUUAACUGUAGAUGUACAUCCGCUCACCAUAUAUCGGUUUCUAAACUCUGUGAGAAGUAGCAGAAAGAGUUGCUCUCAGACCUGACACAACCUACACUACGCUAAACCUCUGCACACAACUGUCAUUACAGACUAUUCAAGAAGAUACAUCCUUAAAGCAGCAAUGUCAAAUUGUACUUCUCAGAAUACAACACAAGGCCAAGUGGAUGUGGUUUUUGUCAGUGUGUACGCAUUGGUCUUUGUUGCUGGAUUAGCUCUCAACCUCACAGCACUUAUAAUAUUUUUACUUAACUCUAAAUUACGGUUGCAUACCACCGUCUACAUGAUCCACCUAGCCUUUGCAGACCUUCUUCUGGUUUGUACCCUUCCUGUGCGGAUCUAUUACCAUGGGGGUUUUAGGGAACUGCCACUGAAAAUCUGUGAGUUUACUGGUCUAAUACUGUUAGCUAACAUGUAUGGAAGCAUCUUCCUCCUCACCUGUAUUAGCUUUGACCGCUGCAUAGCAGUCUGCUUCCCACUGUCUUCUCGAGUUCGUGAGGGUCGCAAGAAAGCAUGGUGUGUUUGUCUGGGGAUUUGGCUCCUAACUUUAGGAACAAGCUUGCCAAUCUACUUCAAAGAUCAGCCCAUUGCUCACAUCAACAGCUCUUCCAAUACAGAGCACUGUUUUGAGAGAUUUCCUAAAUAUGCCACUCAACCAGCUGCUCUCAUUUCCACACUAAUUGUUGGUUUUGGGAUCCCAUUAACUGUUAUGAUUCUCAGCUCAUGGGGGCUCCUCCAGGCUUUAAGUAAAAGCACUGCUGCCCAGAAUAGUGAGCUAGUAGACAGCGGCAGGAUCAAGAGGAUGAUAACGACUAACUUGGCGAUCUUUCUGUUCUGUUUUCUGCCAUAUCAUUUUAUGCUAUUGCUGCUGUAUGUUUAUACAGAUUCUAGUCUGCAAUGCUCACUAGUACCGGUUUACCAUUACAGCCUCAUGAUAGCUUGCCUGAAUGCAAUGCUGGACCCCCUUGCUUACUACUUCACCACAGAGACUUUCCGCAGGAAAAUAGAUGUAGAAGCUGUACGAAAAAUAUGGCAAAUGAACAGUCACUGCUCUGAAGGGAACAACUGCCCUCCAGCCCCCCUCACUACAUAAGCAUGGACCCUUUUCACAUUUCCUGGUUUGGAAUGCAGAGGUAAACUGUAGGGUGCAUGGUGGGGUCUAAUAGAAAGACCCCUCCCUCUAUUAUGACAGAGAAAGAGACAGAUUACAAAUUUACUUUCACUCCAUCAGCAGCUGCACUUGAAACCUCAUCACAGCAGUGUUGACUGGUUGUUGUUUUUAUAUACAUGCCGGGGUAAUUUAUGACAAAGAAUAAUGUUAGAACUGUACAUCAAAUCAUAAU